AUGUUUUCUUCGUUUAGCAUUCUUACUGCUUCAGCAUCAAGAUCUCAGUUUGCCUCAUGCAUGCGUGGUGUAAACUAUAACUAUACCAAAGAUCCAACAUAUCGCCAGUUCACUACAACUGCAUAUAUAACUGUUCCACAAACAUUUUAUGGUAUAACUGGCCAUAUAUAUGGUGCAUUUUGUCCUCCAACAACAGGAAAUUACAAUAUCAGGGAAUACGGCGGAGAUUGGGGUGGCGUUUGGUUUGAAAGUUCUUAUGCAGGAGAUGGUUAUGCCACUUGGAUCGGAUCUUGCGUAGGUGGUAGUGAUAAUGUUGAUACAAUCACAAACCUCUAUCUUCAAAAAGGAAGAUGCUAUAAAUUUACAACAUGGGCAAUUGCAGAUGGCUGCUGGGGUAAUAGAUUUAACUAUGCACAAUGGUCAUAUACAAGUCCAGAAAGCUAUUCAACUAUGGAUUCCACAAAUACAUAUAACUGUUCUAUUAAUGAUGAAUGCGAUGUUGGUUAUGUUGGCAGCAACUGUGAAGCAGUAGACUUAGAUUGCCAUAAUAACGGCGUUCCAAGUGAUGGUAUUAGUGGAGAUAAAAAUACCUGCGUUUGCACAAAUGGACUUGAACCAUUCUGUGAUGAUAUGACAACUGUAGAUUCCGGUCAUCAAGACCCAACUAUCACGUUUACAUAUGGUAGCGUUGUUGAUAAGUCUGAGUCUAUUAAUGUUGGCCAAGAUACUGUCUAUUACUCCUCUAGUUACGCAAAUUAUUCUGUUAAGGGAAAAAUUACAAUUCCACAGAAUGGAAACUACAGAUUUAGAAUAUCUAGCCAAAAUGAUGUAAAGUUUACUAUAUCGGGAACUUCUAUAUCAAUUGGUAGCAUUGAUUACGAUAAUCAGUUCCAAUGCCAAGAAGAUAGAGUAAGAAUAUAUGAAACAACAAACACAGUUACUCUUACUAAGGGCGAUUAUAACUUUGAAAUCAAAGGUUUGAGUGGUUGCGCGAUCGAAGAUCAAUACUUCUCAUUGGAAUGGAUUUUCUACAGAUAUUACAUAUCCUCAGGCAAGACUGCUGUUUAUACAACAGUUCCAAGAAGAUAUUUAAAGGCUGCCUAA